AUUGCUUGUGACGCUAACUUAAAAUUAACCUCACCUUGUUUUAACACUUGAAAAACAUUUGCCAUCUGCAAAUAACAACACAGUUUUUUUUUUGAAACUUGACACCCUCGAUUACAGUUAUUCCGGUAAAACUCUGCGAAUAUCACUUUCUCAUUCAUUAAAAAGUUUGCAGCAGAUUAAAGAUUCAGAGAAUACGCAUUUUAGAAGGCUACUAGGCUAAAGAGUACAUUUUUUCAUCAAACAACCAAAGAGCUAAAAAUGAAGACAUUUUGGUCAAUUGUUAUUGCAGUAGCUGCUUUAUGUAGUUUGGUGAAAAACGAUAAAGUAUCCACUAACUGUAAUUUGAAGUUCUACGGAUGCAAUUUUGAUUAUAAAACAAACCAAUGCUUUUGUCAUGUACAGCAAGAGUUAUGCUCGAAUCCUUUCCAAUUUAAGACAAAAAUAAGCUGUCUAAAGCAACACCGCUCAAUUAUUAGCUCUACAUCUUCAUACUGUAAUCAGCAACUACACGGGUGUUAUUACGAAACCAAAGAUGAUCAAUGCUACUGCAAGACACAUUGCUCAGAAGAAAAAGAAAAGUUUACAUUUAGCACAGCAAAAGAAUGCAUGGAAGCAACUAAUUUCAACCCAUGCAAAAACUCGUCUCACUGUGAAAAUGGAGGUAAAUGCGAAGUAUUGAAGCGUGGAAAAUUUCGAUGUGAUUGUACUGGCACAAAAUCGUAUGGAGAAAAGUGUCAAAAAAGUAAAAUGCCCUGACGCUUCGCAUUUAACAUUGACAUCGAUGCAAAAACUUUAUGAAGAAAAUAAAGAUUGGUGGCAAAAUACCCAAUUUUCAUGUUUGUUUUAAAUUUUCACUCAACUUUUUACACUCGCUUUAAUAAGAGCUUUUUACCUACAAUUUUAUUCGCGUUUUAUGCGAGUAUAUUUCUUCAACAAUAGUUCCUUUUAAUAUGAUGUAAAUAUAGCAGACAAUUUUUAUAUUA